AGCUACGGCCCAAGGCAAUAGGCCACAGGGCAAGGCCUGAGCAGAAGAGGCGGAUCCCGGGCACCUGUUGUCCCUGCGCUACGCAGCCGGGGGGGCUGGACGCCCGCUCCUCCUUCCCCUCCCCGCCGCUGGCCUCAGUCACUUCCGGAGCGGGGCCGGGCCGAGCCGAGCCGAGCCGGGGCAGGAUGGCCGCGGCCGUGGAGAAGGAGGCGAGCCAGCAGAGCACCCUAGGCGCCUACUCGCCCGUGGACUACAUGAGCAUUACCAGCUUCCCCCGCCUGCCCGAGGAGGAGCCGGCCGGCGCGGCGGCCGAGGGCUGCCUGCGCUCCAGGAAGGAGGAGGACGCGUUCCUGGGAGAGCAGGACACGGAUCCAGAUUCCUUCCUGAAAUCAGCUCGCCUCCAGCGCCUGCCGUCAUCUUCAUCGGAGAUGGGCAGUCAGGAUGUCUCGCCGCUGCGGGAGACCAGCAAAGACCCGUUCUCUGCGGACUGCAGCUGCCGCCAGGAUGGGCUGACUGUGAUCAUCACGGCCUGCUUAACCUUUGCGAUGGGAGUCACGGUGGCCCUGAUCAUGCAGAUCUACUUUGGGGACCCACAGAUAUUCCACCAGGGUGCCGUGGUCACCGACGCUGCCCGCUGCACGGCGCUGGGCAUUGAGGUGCUCAACAAGCAGGGAUCCUCAGUGGACGCAGCCAUCGCCGCAGCUCUGUGCGCAGGAAUAAUCAACCCCCACACGUCCGGCAUCGGCGGUGGGGGAGUAAUGCUGGUCCACGAUAUCCGGAAGAACAAGAGUCAGGUGAUUGACUUCCGAGAGACAGCCCCCUUUGGGAUCCAGGAGGAAGGCCUUCGGAAGGCCUGGGAGCUGAAGCCGGGUCUCCUGGUGGGGGUGCCAGGCAUGAUACAAGGGAUGCACAAGGCACAUCAGUUACAUGGAAGACUCCCAUGGUCAGAACUUUUGGGUCUUGCUGCCAACAUUGCCCAGGAUGGAUUCAAUGUCACGCAUGACUUGGCCAGAGCUAUCACCGAACUGAAGGAGCUGAACUACUCUGACAAAUUCAGAGAGACUUUCCUUCCAGAUGGCCAGCCUUUGUUGCCUGGAAUGUUUGUGAGGCGAGUCGAUCUAGCCACCAUUUUGGAUCUCGUUGGCUCAGAAGGGGUCUCGGCCUUCUAUGAUGGAAACCUAACCCAGGAGAUCAUUACUGAGGUCCAUAACUAUGGAGGAGUCCUGUUAGAAGAAGACUUCAUUAACUACAAUGCUGUAGUGGAGAAUCCAGUCCACACGGUGUAUCAAGGUCACCUCGUUCUCAGCCCUCCACCUCCACAUGCGGGUCCUGCACUGAUCACAGCUCUAAAUAUCCUGGAGGGCUUUAAUAUCACGAGCCAGGUAACCAGGGAAAAUACCCUCCAUUGGAUAGCAGAGACGUUAAAAAUAGCACUGGACCUAGCUAACAGCUUGGGAGACCCAGUCGGUGACGCAUCCAUCUACCAUAGUGUAGACGACAUGGUCAGUAAAUCAAAGGCAGAUUUCCUGCGUCAGCUGAUUAACGACUCCCAGUCCUUCCCUUCUGGUAUCAAUAUUCCACACUUCUCCAUAGAGAGCGGCCCCCCUGCUAGCCAGGUCCUUGUUAUGGGACCCGAUGACUACAUUGUUGCAGUUGUAAGUUCCCUGAACCGUCCAUUUGGAAGUGGAAUAAUAACACCCUCUGGAAUCCUUCUAAACAGUCAGAUGUUGGAUUUUUCCUGGCUGAAUAGUACAUUGAACCACUCCUCUCCUGGCCUGAGGAAUCUCAUUCAGCCUGGAAAAAGACCUCUGUCCUUUUUACUGCCCACUAUUGUUCGACCAUCUGAAGGGAUGUGUGGGACUUAUCUUUGUCUGGGAGCUAACAAUGGCCACAAAGCCUUGAGCAGCAUCACGCAGGUUUUAGUAAAUGUUUUAACACUUAACAAGAACCUGAGUGAGAGCCUGUCACUGGGUCGGCUGCACCCACAGCUUCAAUCCAACAUCCUGCAAGUUGACAGUGAAUUUCCCGAAGAAGAUAUUGAAUUCCUUGAAGCCAGGGGUCAUCAAGUAUAUAAAGUCGACGUGCUUUCCCUGGUUCAUGGAGCCAGGAGAACCAACAACUUCAUCAUUGGUGUGAAAGACCCAAGAAGCAUGGAUGCUGCAGGAGCAACAAUAUUAUAGCAAUCUCCAGAUGACCAGUUCUGCUCAAAAGGAUGUAGACUCCAAGGUCCACCCCAGAAACUGAAGAAGGAUUUUCGGCCCGAUUUUCCCCUCACUUAGGUCAGUUUCACACCAGUUACUCCGGAUUUACAUUAGUCUGAGGUAAAGAUGAAUCAGGCCUCUUAAGCAUAACUAGAUAAAACUCAUAACCUUUUCAUAGAGGUCAAGAUUAUAGCACAAAUCAGAAAUAAGGUUGCUUUUUUUUUUUACCUAAUAAAAGUCUGCCUUAGUGGGAAGUGCUGCUAUAGUGGGUGAAUCUACUUUGUAAUGGUUUUGAGAAACUUCUAUACAUCAGCAAAAGGCUUCUUGUUAUUAUGGGCCAGAGAAAGGAGCACAUUGGGAGGACAGCUUUCAGAAGGAGUAACAGAUUGUAAUGAUCCUUAAAAAAAAAAAAAGCCUCUGUGUAUAGGGCAGACCUCCAAUAAUGAGGCUAUCUGCCAACACAGAGCCGUCCAGUGUUCAGCCCUUGUGCAGAAGGGAAUGAUUUCCACAGGUAUACUUAGGAGGGAGAAAGUCCCUCAAUGACAAUAGCUUCUUCCAGGCUGAAGCCCUUCAAGAUAACAAGGAAGUUCAUCCAACUGAGGACAGUCCCUCAGCUUAGUGCAAAUCUUCCACAAGGGGGUCUCAGACCACCAGCGGCAAGAAAACUUCAGGGAGCUGGUCCCUCUAAUCAAGGGCGGCUCUAGCUUUUUUGCCGCCCCAAGCACGGCAGGCAGGCAGGCUGCCUUCAGCGGCAUGCCUGCGGGAGGUCCGCUGGUCCCGCAGAUUCGGCAGCUUGCUUACGGGAGGUCCCCGGUCCCAUGGAUUCGGCGUACCAAGCCGCCGAAUCUGUGGACCUGAGACCUCCUGCAGGCAAGCCGCCGAAGGCUGCCCAACUGCCGCCAUCGCAGGGACCGCAAGGGCGCCCCCUGUGGCUUGCUGCCCCAGGCAAGCGCUUGGAGCACUGGUGCCUGGAGCCGCUGCUGCCUCUAGUAUAGCUAAUCUGUACUGUGCCCAUCACUUUGGUAUCUACAUGUCAUCUUCCUUUUUCCUACCUAGACAGAAGUAUGUGCAGAUUGGUAAAAAAACAAUUAAAAUCUCAUUAAAACAUGUCUGCUCCCCACUCCAUCUCCCCAUAUUUGUCAAAGACACCACGUACAGAAUCUAGACUAGGAAUCACUUUUUGCAGUUCCACUGUGGGCAUGGAGAGAUUAAGUUCUUAUAACAGAAUUGUUACAUAGUAUUUCAUUUUGGCAAAUCCAUACAUGGUCAUGAAUAGAAGUGUAACGAUGCCACAUUUAUUGUACAGGAUCAUUUUUAUUUGAAAAUACUGACCUAUGAAAAUGCAUUGUAAUCAUA